GCUGCGCGCCGUGCUCGGCGCAGCCAAUGAGCGCGGAGGACGCGGGAGGGACACGGCAAGGUUAAGCAGCAUGCAGGCUCCUCUGGCUCUCCUCGGCUCCCCGGCGCUGUUCCGGUGCUGUUCCAGGGCUCUGGCCAGACCAGUUUCCGUGUCUGUUUUCAGCAGGCCUGAGCUUCAGACCCUACAGCCACCCAGCCUGUCCCCCUCGCAGCUCACCCGCCGUGACUUCCAGACCAGCGCUGCUUCCCGGGAUAUCGACACUGCCGCCAAGUUCAUCGGUGCCGGGGCUGCCACGGUCGGGGUGGCUGGCUCAGGAGCAGGGAUUGGGACUGUGUUUGGCAGCUUGAUCAUUGGCUAUGCCAGGAACCCAUCCCUCAAGCAGCAGCUUUUCUCCUACGCCAUCCUGGGUUUUGCCCUGUCCGAGGCCAUGGGGCUCUUCUGUUUGAUGGUGGCAUUCCUGAUCCUCUUCGCUAUGUGACAACGUGUGGUCCUGGCUGUGGCUUCCAUCACUCUGCGGUUCGAGCCUGCUUCCAUCCCAGCGCUCCAGACUGACAAUUAAAGACAAGAUUUCUCUAAAUAAA